UAGAGCGAAGGGGGGUGUGUGUGGGGGGGGGAAACAAACCGCAGAUCACCGACGAAACAUGAGCGGCGGAGAAAUCAUCUUCCAGGGCUGGCUGAGAAAGUCACCGCCGGAGAAGAAACUCCGAAGAUAUGCAUGGAAGAAACGCUGGUUUAUACUUCGCAGUGGCCGCAUGAGUGGUGACCCCGAUGUUCUUGAGUACUACAAGAACGACCACUCCAAGAAACCCAUCCGGGUCAUCGACCUGCACUGUUGUGAGCAGGUAGAUGCUGGCCUAACCUUUAAGAGGAAGGAGUUCCAGGACAGCUUUGUGUUUGACAUCAAGACCUCAGACCGCACCUUUUACCUUGUAGCUGAGACCGAGGAAGAGAUGAACAAGUGGGUUCGCUCUAUCUGCCAGCUGUGUGGGUUCAACCAGUCAGAUGACAACCACGAUGGCAGGUUACACCACGUGCCCCGUUCUGUCGGAGCAGAUGUCACCGGCUCAAUGGGCCCUCUGACUGGAGAACGCAAGUCCUCUGCCCCAAUCCACUCCAGCCAGCCAGUCCUCUUCACCUUCGAUGUGCCUGUGCGCCACACACACCAUAGCUCCUUGUCCAACAGUGCACCCCAGGACUACCUCCUCCUCCACCAGUGCAUGAGCAGGAAGACCGAGAGUGCACGGAGUGCCAGUUUCUCCCAGGCCACACGAAGCAAUCUGUUUGUGGGGAGUGACUCUGCAGUGCAGAAACUCUCCCAUGGCUUUUCCCACUGUCUAAAUGGCAUGGGUGCUCAGUUGCAUGGCUUCUACAGCCUGCCCAAGCCAGGAAAACAUCAGUCACCAGUCCAUGAUGACUCGUCCCAGGAGGCCUGUUACGUGCUUCCGCGGGGUUACAGCUCCGAGGCGCCGGCUCACAGUGGUUUAGGUGAUCCUGAUCUGGAGAACGAGGAGGUUUACACCUUCAAAACGCCCUGCAACGCCCUCGCCACCGUGCACAGCAACGAGCGCCCCCCAGACAAUUACGAUCUUCCUACACCACCCGGCUCCUUCUACCAGAUCCCCCGGACAUUUGAUAAGAAUCACAAUUCCUUGACACCCUCCAGCUCUGAGUCCUCCUGUGCUCCCCCUCCCAGGCCCCCUAAACCUAGCCAGGGGUCAGAGGGGCCGUGGGGGAGUCCCCAGUCAGUAGGAAGCCAGAACGGAGAGGUGAUGUCCGCAGUGUCGGUCAUCCCACGCAGGAAUACUCUCCCCGCUGUUGAGAACAUCAGGCUCCACAGAGGCUCCUCCUUUGAAACCAACAGCCAUCACCGUCCCAUCCAUUUCAACAGCUCAGGCCAGUCCGUGGAGUCUGUCAAUGAUGGGUUCAGCUCCUAUCUGAGAACCAAAGCCCCUCUGACUCGCUCAGACAGCGGCAACUCGGAUGACAACUAUGUGCCCAUGAAUCCUGGCUCCUCGCCACUCAGCACUGCCCAGGCUGACAGUCCUAAGAAUAUCUACAUCCCAAUGAGCCCCGGGCCACAUCACUUUGAUUUCCCAGGGUUCUCUGCAACAUUGCCGGCCCGCAAGGCGAGCAGUGCCUCCCUGUGUCACAGGCCCAGCCGUCUCAGUGAUGUUACACCACCACCCAUCAACCGCAACCUCAAACCUAACAGGAAAUCGAAGCCAACACCUCUUGAUUUGAAGAACAAUGGGAUCAUUGAUGAGCUGCCAUUUAAGAGCCCAGUCACCAUGUCGUGGAUACGGCCCAUGGCGGCUGUGAACUCCAUGUCCUCCCAGCAUUGUCGACCCAUCUCCACACAAAGCAUCACCAGCACUGACUCUGCAGACAGUGAGGAGAAUUAUGUGGCCAUGCAGAACCCAGCAUCUACCUCUCCAGCCGUGAGCGGCACCAGCAGUCCGGCCCCCAGGAAGUGUGGCAAUGUGGACUACCUAGCACUGGACUUCCAGCCUGGGUCACCCAGCCCACACAGAAAACCCUCCACAUCCUCCGUGACCUCUGACGAGAAGGUAGACUACGUGCAAGUCGACAAGGAGAAGACCCAGGCCCUGCAGAGCACCAUGCAGGAGUGGACCGAUGUGCGGCAGUCUACUGAACCUGCCAAGGGGGUCAAGUCCUGACACUGACCCGUAAAAAAAAAUAUGACAAAAAAUCUCCCAAAAAACAAACAAACAAACGUUUAAAAAAACAAAAUUCAAAUCUUAAGUCAAGCAUCUCCGGUGUCAUGUUCCUAUCAUUACUAUGAAUACUGGUAGGGCCUGUUUAAGACUGAAAUGUUUAGACAAAAAGCCAUAACCUAACCUAUGCCUGUUCUCUGUGAUGAUUACUAUUGCAGUGCGCUGCUAACAUGCAGGAUAUCAGGCCAUAUACCGUUAGGUACAUAAGCAUUUGGACAGUCACGCAAAAAAUCCUAAUUUUGCCUCUGUACACAACCACAGUGGAUUUGACACAAAGCCAUCAAGCUGUGACUGAAGUGUAGAUUUUCAGCUUUAAUUCAAGUGUCUUAAGUAAAAUAUCGCAUCAGCUGUUUAGGAGUUACAGACAUUUUCAUACAUAGACCCUGGAACUGGGCCGCUGGUGUUUUAUUGAGGAUGUGACUGCUGAUAGAAGUAGCAGGAUGAACUCUGAAGUGUAUAUGUCUAUACUGUCUGCUCAGAUUCAGGCCAAUGCUGCGAAACCGAUAGGAGGGUGCUUCACAGUACCGAUGGAUAAUGACCCACAACGUACUGCGAAAAGCAAGCCGAGAGCUCCUCAUUCUUCUAUUCUACAGUGGCCAAGUCAGUCACCUGACCUCAACCCAACAUAGCAUGUUUUUCACUUACCGAAGACAAAACUGGGGGCAGAGAGACCCACAAAGGAGCCGCAAGUAAAGGAGGCUGCAGUAAAGGCCUGGCAAAGCAUCUCAAGGGAGGAAACUCAGCAUUUGGUGAUGUCCGUGGGUUCCAGACUAUAGGCAGUCAUUGACUGCAGAGGAUUUUUAUCCAAGUAUUAAAAAUUAUCCUUAUAUUUAUGAAUAUGUUAGUUUGUGCAAUUACUUUGGAGGCUCUGAAAAUGAGGGACUAGGUAUAAAAAUGGCCGUAGUUUCUAUAUGGUUAAUGCACCAUUCUUGCUAAACCCCCUUGAAUUAAAGCUGAAAUUCCACACUUCAGUCACAUCUUGAUGGCUUCGUUUCAAGAGCCAUCGUGAUGGUGCACAGAGGAAAAUUACGAAAAUUGUGUCACCGUCCAAACACUUUUGGUAGCUAACUAUAGGUGAAGCCCCUGCCAAAGCUCUUCAUGCAGACUGUUAUAACAGUGUAUGGACAAUUGAUAUGAGGAGUAUGAAAAAUAUCAUCCUUACUUAUCAAUCCAUCCUUUUAUAAAUAUUUCAUCAAAGCCGUCCCACCCACCCCAUGUGCAACAGUCUAACGUUUUGGGGUUGUUUUUUUUUUGCAUCUAGCCAAUAAUUUACCCAGUCGCUGCCGUUUAACACAGUAGCAGAGGCUAACAGCUCAAUAACCAUUUUAAUAUACCAUGAGAGUAUGCUUACUGGUCUCAGGAAUGCCAAGAUGCACUCCAGUUUUGGCACGCAGGCAGAGUCUCUUUUCACUUCAAUCUAUCAUUUGUGCUGAGUCUUGCAGAAGCAGCAAGGAGAUUAUUCUCACUGCAGGCAAUCACUUCAGCUUAGCAGUGCAUGUCUGGCAAGGGGAGGAGGAGGGGGGGGGUGCAGUGAUACAAAGGCCUGUGUCAGAAGCUCUAAUGAUAACUGCGCAUGACUUUCGCCUCAGUUUCAAUUAAGUGUGAGCCCAAACCAUAUUUAAAAGCUGUCAGGCUGGAUGGCAGGCCAGUUAUUUCAAUGCAGGUACAAAGUCUGUAGCGUCCAAAUGUACAGAAUGAAGAAAAACAAGAGAUACAAGACGAAGUAUCUUGUGUCUCUCUAGGUCUGACUUCAGUGGCUGAUUCACUUCAGGUAAUGUUCUAAUACAUUUCAUUUUAAAUGUGCACUGACCAAGAAAAUGAUUGAGUUGGAGGAAGUAAAAAUAAAGCAGGAGUUCAGAUGUGCUCUCUCUCUUUCUCUCGAUCUCUCUCGCUCUCUUUCUCCAUCUCUCCAUCUCUCUCUCCCUCUCAAGACCAUAAAUACAAGCUAAGUAGAAGGAGAAUAACAUGUUUAUGUUUUCCAGAAUCCAGCCAUUCACUGAUUUACGUCUUUGUUCUUUCAUGCGCCACACACUACAGUUACGCCUCUGAAGAGUAAUUGUUUCCUCUGUGUAAAUUAUUAAUAGAACGACAUAUUUGCAGCACAUCUUGUUGACUGUUUGAUGCACCUGUCUGAGACGAAAAGUGUGCUACAGCAAUGCACCGUUGUGCUGUUCUUGCAAAGGCAACCUGCCGCAACGAAGACUCGCCAGCGAUCUGUGUUUAAAAAAUAGUUGAGGAAAGAAUGUUUUCUUAAUUUCCUCAACUCUUCCAUUUGUUCAAUUUGCCUUACAUUUUCAUUUCAGUUUAGACCGUCAAUUUUGCCUUGAAGAAAUUUAAUGAUUUGCCAUAUUAUUCAAGGAAGAGCCAUAUUGUAUUUAGGACAACUGAAUGAUCAGUUUCUAGUUCAACUCAAGUCCAGUAUUUCAUUGUGGGCUGGAACCACUGAAUGGUGAACCCCUAUGUGACCUUAAUAUGAAUAGUGUGGCCAUGCAGUGCUAGAUGGUAUUAUUGAUUAUUUCAUUAAGAUUUACUUCUUGAUGUUUUUCUACCAUUUCUACUGCUUUUUGUAUUCUUUUUAUCAUUAUUUUCUACCGAUAUGUGUAAGCAAGUGAUAUUCAUAAGAACGGGGUCAGGCUAAAUUAAGCUAAGUUUGUUAUGACAUGUAUUUUAUUCGUUUUUAAAUUCCCUUUUUUUUUUUAAAUGAUCUCUAAAUGAUUCCGGGGGGGCUGGCAGUUCGAGUGGCACUGGCGGAGCCCCCCUUCCCCGGGGUGAGCUGCCAUUCAAAAAAAAAAAAAAAAAGGGGGGAACAGGACAGGAGAGAAUGAAGAAAAGCCCGCCUCCCCGUCGGUCUCUGAAGUAAAAUGGAUGUGUAAUUUAUUCUCUAGAAAGACCCGCUGUAAGUAGAAGAGCUGUUGUACGUUUUGUGGUAGAUUGUGAAUUGUAGUAUGUUAAAUGACGGCCUGACUGGGCGACACUGAAAAACACUGCUCAGAUCUACUGUCAGACUGUCGCUGGGUUGACGUACUGUACUGGUAGAGAUCUUUUUUUCUUUUUUUUUAACCACUUUUAUUGCUACUACUGUAAAGCAUUUGCAGAUUGCUCGUGUUUUUUUUAAUUUAUUAAUUUAUUGUGUGUUUUUCGCAGUUGAUAAUUGUAAAAAAGAAAAAAAGCAACAACCAAACAAGGAAACUCUCUCUCUCUCUCUCUACUAACACCGAUGUAUGCAAACUGUCUUGAUUUUUUUUGUGAAGCAAUAUGGCAAAUAAUGCCAGUGUGGUGGUUAUGUGGUACAGUUAACUUGGGGUUCACGAGAUUGCAAGAUUUUGUUGUCCCUGUAUUAUGGUAGACUUAAACUGUGGACAUAGAAUAAAUCAAGAAGUGAAAAGCCUGAUGUUAAAGUUCCUCUUUAAACGUGAACCAAAAAACCAAACGUUUUGUUUUGUUUUUCGUUUUGUUUUCUCCGACGGAAACGACACCACAGCUCGUCUCUCACCCGCAGAUUUGUAAUUGGUCCUGUCGCUUACAGAGGUUUCGUGUGUGCUGCCCCCUGUUGUGCAGGACGGGAGCUGCAUCCCCAUGGUGUUAAAAG